AUGAGUGACGAUAUCUUCAUCACUGGAUAAUGGGAUGGAUAUAUUGAGUUAUUUAGUAUUUCAAACCACUAGUUCAAAUCAACAUUCUAAACUCAAGAUAAAAAAAAUAUUAUAGAAAUUUGUUUGAUUGAAAGCAGCAAAGAUGAGUACACAUUUGCCUUUGGGGAUUUUGAUCUAGGUAUUAUAAUAGGUAAAAUAAUAAUGAGAAACUAAUUUGAAUAUGAAUUCUAAGAGGAUAAAAUUAAAUUGAUAGAGGAUGUUAGUUGUCAUUCAAUGAUGUUAAUAAAGUAGAAUGUCAUAGCUGCUUUUGUUAGAAACUAAGAUGAUGAAUAUUAAUUAAAGAUAUUAGACAUCAAAUCAAGAUAAGAAUUACAUACUAUUGAUUUAAAUGAGAGUACAUAUAUCUAUCCAGCAUUAGCUUAUGACUAUAUUCAAUAUCCUUUUGCAUUUAUUAAAGAUCAAAACAACAUUUCACUUAUAAAUACUAAUAACUAUCAAAUCACUACUAUCAUUCAGUGUUAUUGUAGUUUUUCUGAAUAGCAAUUGAUACAAUACAGAGAUCAGGAUAAUAAAUAUAAAUUAAUUGACAUUUAGAUGUAUGAGACAGAUGAAGAUUCAUAUGAGUAUCUCAAUGAAAUAAGAGAAACCGAGAUCAGCAUGCUUUGA